CAAAAACUCAAACGUCAUACUCUCAAUUGUAUAGAUGCCAUUAAAUCUCGAAUAGUUGAAUUAGAUCGCAACAUAUCUCUAAGAAGUCACGCAUUGUUUGAAUUGUCGUUAGAUGAACGUAAACAAUUUGAGGAUUAUGUUAAUGAUGUUGCUGAAAAACAGUCACAAAAGGCUAAACGUAAACACUUAGAAACAUUGCAACACGUAGACGUGAUUAACAAGUUUCCAGAACAUCCCGAAAAUUAUGUAUUUAAUCAUUCGUCUAUUAAACUUUAGGCUAUCCAAAUGCAGGCCUUAUCAUUGGGUCCUAAAUUCUGUAAUAGCAACACCAAAACCAACAGACUUUAUGCACAAAUUCAAUUCGAAAAUCUAUCAAACCAAACUCAUGAUCUUGUGCCGACAUCCCCACAAAAUCUUCAGCAUUUUAAAUCCACAUUACUGGACUGUAGUCAUGGAUAUGUUAAUAUACAAUGUGGUAAGAACAACUUAUUAACUAAGAACCAUCUGGAUCAACUAAUGCUCCUGAGAAGAAAUAAGGAUUUAAUACUAAGUAAACCUGACAAAGGAGCUGGUGUAGUCUUACUUGACCGCCAAGAAUAUUUGGAAAAAAAUGAGAUUAAUCUUAAACGAUGUCACUAAAUUCUCUAAACCUAAAGGAGAAGGUGAUAAAACACUGCAGAUUGAAAAACAGCUAACGGAUGUUGUUAAAAACCUUAAAAAUAAAGAGAUAAUUACCCAGGAUUUAUAUGAUCACAUUGGCCAAAUGGGUUCAAUCAUCCCACGCUUAUACGGACUACCGAAAGUACAUAAAGCAGGUUUACCAUUACGACCUAUUUUAGACAUGUCAAGUUCACCAUACCACCGAAUAGCCCAAUGGUUAGCUGAAAAAUUGGAACCAGUUAGAAGGCAAGUAUCUAAAUAUUCUAUUCAUGAUACUUUUCAAUUUAUUGAUCGUAUUAAGGAUGUUAAUACUUCCGGAAAACACAUGUUCUCACUUGAUGUUAAUUCUUUAUUCACUAGUGUACCGUUAACGGAAACUAUAUGUUAUAUUUGUGAGUAUAUAGACUCUAACAACAUAGUUCUAGGUAUUCCAACUGAACACUUAAAAGAAUUAUUGUUACGUUGUACCUUUAAUGUCCAGUUCAGUUUCAACAAUGAAAUAUAUAGACAAAGAGAUGGGAUCGCAAUGGGAUCUCCUUUAGGUCCAAUUCUAGCAGACUGCUUCAUGGCAAAACUAGAAAACGAUCAACUCAGUUCAAUGAUAAGUCGAUUCCAACUAUACGUAAGAUACAUGGACAACACAUUUGUCGUUUGUGACGAUAAUAUUGAUUUGGACAAUAUCUUACACUUCUUCAACUCAUGCCACCCUUCCAUAGACUUUACAUUAGAAAGAGAGAGAGACCAAUCAGUCCCUUUUCUUGAUGUACAUCUAUUGAGAAGAAGCAAUGGUUUUUUAAAAAGAUCUAUCUUUAGAAAGCAAACAUGAAACGGUCAACUAACCAACUUCUACAGCUGGGUUCCAUUAAUUAGAAAGAGAAACUUGAUUCAUUCUUUAUGCUAUCGUAUACAUCGGAUAUGUAGUACAGAAUGCAUCAACGAAGAACUAGCGUUCCUCAAGAAAACUUUGUUGAAAAAUGGCUACCCAGACCGGUUCAUAGAGAAGAAUAUGAACAGAAGUAGCGUCGAUAAGAAUCCUAGUUAUUCAGUGCCAAAGAAAAGCCUUUAUAUAAGUCUGGAAUUUAAAGGUGAUCGAACAUCAGACAUAAUUAAAAAUCGUUUAACAACAACGAUUAAAAGGACAUUUAACGCUGCAAAACUACGAAUAACCUUCAACAGUAAGAACUUAAUUUCUGUAUCCAUAAAAGAUAAGCUUCCGCGUUUGGUCGCCUCCAUGUGCAUCUACCAGUUCACCUGC